UCGGCUGGCUGCUUCAUUAUGUCGGCGGCUUUGAGGGAAGAGAUGACCGGGGCAGAGGAGCCGCCGCCGCCGCCCCGCAGCGGCCAGCAGGCGGACCGGGAGCCGGAGAAGGGGCGCUGCCCGAUGGAGGCGCUGGCUUGGAAGAGGCCGCUCUGCACCCUGGCCGGCUUCCUCUGCGCCAACCUGCUUUUCUGGUUCCUUGCGCUGACUCCUUGGAGGAUGUAUCACCUGAUUUCACUCAUACUCCUUGGAAUUGUCAUAAUGCAGAUAAUGAAGGAACUGGUCUUGUCUAAAGCAAGAGGUGCACAGUUAUGGCGAAGCUUCGCUGACAGUUGGGAAGUCAUUGAUUCCAAAUCUGAAUACAGACUGAGGCUAAAUCAAUGUGUGGAAAAAAGAAUGAUGGGCUUCCUCUUAUUUGUCCAUGAAAUGGCCCACUUCAAAGAACAGAAUCCUGGCAAGUUUUGCCUUCUGGUCUGUAGCGUGUGCACAUUCUUCACAGUCUUGGGAAGUUACAUUCCUGGAGUUGUACUCUCCUACCUUAUACUAUUAGGUGCCUUUCUGUGUCCGCUCUUUACAUGCAAUGAAUUUGGACAGAAAGUUUAUGCCAACUUGAAGUCAGUUCUGCCAAAACUGGACUUUGGUAUCGGGGACUAUAUCAACCAGAAAUUGAAAGAGAGAGCUGAAAUGAUAAAAACAAAACUGGCAGAAGAGGACAGUGAGCUCGACAUAUCGGCCUUGUGCCCUAAGGUGAGUCCUACAGUUGCGGCCAGAGAGAUGUCUGUAUCAGAUACAGAUGUAUCCGAGGUAUCUUGGACUGACAAUGGUACUUUCAAUCUAUCUGAGGGAAACACUCCACAGACAGAUACCUCUGAUGAUUUUGAUCGGCCAAGUGAUCACGAGGAAGCAUUUGCAAAAGACCUUUCGGAAUUCCCAUCUGUGGACAACGGUGCAGGGACAAAUGAUGAGGAUGAUUCAAGUAUCGGCAUGCCCGUGCAGCAAAACAGGAAGAAGGACCGUCUUUCUGCUCUGUCUUCCCAGCGUGCCAGGCAAGAGAAGGAGGGGCUCUCUGCAGCAGGCCUCUCCUUGCCUUUGCUCAAUGACCAGGCCUUCAACCUGGUGCGAGCCAUGGCCACCGAUGUGGUGACCUCUGCGGUGUCAGCAGCUGUCAGAGACCAGAUGCAGUCCAUGCAAGCAGACCCAAAUUUAAGUGAAGAGACAGACUCGGAAGACGGGGAUGACUUUGAACUGCUGGACCAGUCGGAGCUGGAGCAGAUCGAAAGUGAACUAGGCCUUACGAAAGGCCGGGAGGCAGAACCACAAGAAAAGAAGUCCUCUGGCUUCCUGUCUAACUUGCUCGGGGGCCAUUAAUGUGGAAACUGGAGCUGUUUAACAAUAUAGCAAGAACAAAAUAUUUUAGACAACAUGAAAUGCAAAAAGGAAAAUGAUGAGCUGUAAGCUUUAACUGUUAUUAUUUUAGAUGUGCAGUAACGUCCUUCAUGCUGAGUGCACUAACUUGUUACAGAUCUGUUGAUGCUGAUAGUUUUGUUUCUCAUAGCAGUGAUGUAGAAAUGAAAGGGGGGGGGGGAAAUCCCAUUAUUCUUUCUCAGAGGAAUUUGAGACAAGAAUUUUUUUUAAAAAAAAAGAUUAAAAUUGCCAAAUGUAGCACCCUUGAGGCUUUAACCAAAUCCUCUUCAUAUCCUGUCUGUUUAUUCUGACUUUUCAAGCACUGAUGCUUCAGGGAGAGAAACUACCAACUGGAAUUGAGAAGCUACCAUGUCCUGGUUGUCUCCUCCAUAGCAGAACAUGGUAACCCUCCAAAGUAAACAGACAUCUGAUAGGAUCAUUGACCCUGAAUACUGUAACAAAUGGCGUCUCCAAUGUCUGAAUUUACACAUCAUCCCAAAUAUAUUCCCCUGACUUGUGUUAUCCAUUUGAACUGUUAGGACAGGAUGAUGCAUUUCCAGGUUGUAUCCAUUCUUACAGGCACUGUAGUCUGAUAAAGUGGCAUGACUUCAUACUUCCGUGAACCUUCUAUAGUUUUAUGAUAGACUGCAAGGCUAAAAGAUUACACUUCAGACUGUGCAUGCCAUCAGUAUAUAGGAUGUGUGGAGGAUGGUUGAAUUUGGAUUUUUAUUUUUUAAUAGGAAAAAUCUCAGUACUGAGAUGGGCAAUCUCCUCGCCUGCCUAUUCCAUCAAUUAUAUAUAUAUAUUUUGUCCUAGAAUACAAGCAAUUAAAAUACUAAUACAGACUGCUGCUAUGUUUGGUUCUGGAAGGACUGCUGCUGUGGAAGAAAUGUAGAAUAUUCCUGCUAUAAAAGUAAAAGAUUGUGUCAUGCAGUUUGAACACCUUGUGUACUCCGUGGCUGACUUUGGGCCCUCGUAAGCCAUGUCACUUACCUAAUUUUUCUAAGCUUUGUGAUUUACCUUUUAAAAUUGAGGGUAAGAGAGGCAGUGCCUUAUCAAGGUAAACCAAAGUAUAGAGAAAAAAUACUGCUGAAGUUAGUAGUGUGGUAUAAAUAACCAGCAAAUGGAGGGACCAUACCAUCUCUUUUGGCUAACUUUCAAACUCUUGCAGAUUUUUACUAGCGUUCUGACAGGUAGACAAGGGGGAAGAGAGUUGGAUCCUAAAAACAUAGCCCAGUGUAUGGAGUGAUCUGCUAUUCCACUAUAGCUGCAGCAUUGUCAUUGUGUCAUACGGUAACCUUAGGAAAAACCUUACAUAUAGAGACCAGUUUCAGUUUUCUCUCCCAUUACAUCUGUUCUCUCCCUGCAGUGGUACAGUUUUCUAUAUCUUCCAGUUUAAGUUAUAAAGAGAGCGUUCAUACACAUCAGAUGCAGAAGGGGAGUAAAAUGGGUUGUGAGGAACCACCCAAAGGACAAAGGGGAUCAGAGGAGGUUUGCCACUGUUCUCUGUCAAUCAAGCUGGUGCCGCUGUUCUUUAGCCUAGAAUCAUAAGGGUGGAAUUGGGUUUCAGCUCCCCAAAUGAUGAGAACCUGACCUGAUCCUAAGCAUGUUUACUCAGAAAUGAAUUGUCCUUUAUUUGUCUCUGCAAAAACAGUGCUUAUACAGUUUCUGGCCGUUGUUACUGCUGGUUGGAUACGUCCCCACAACAUAGUAUUAGUUUUCUCAAGUUUUUAUUAUUCUGGCUUUGAUAACAUUAGGCAGUUCCCUCAUACAUUUUUUGCACUCUUGAUGAGCAAAUAAAGGGAUGCGGGGAGGGCUUUCAUCCUUAGUGCAAUUCUCAUUCCUUUCUAAGGAGGCAUGCUACAGGAAAACGGUGCCCCUUAUUAAAUACGUUUGUCUUUUUUGUGAUGAAGGUACAGUAAUGAGGCUGCUUUAGAACAGAGCAAGAAGGAGAGUGUUCAGUGGAGCACUUCCUCAGUUGUGUUGUAACUGUGCACUUUACUUGUUGGGGGGUAUUUGUUCUGGAGAAAUGUUUCAGGGGAUUUCCAAAUACUUUGGUACUCUUGUACGAAUUUUGAGUUCCAUUUGUUAUUGAAAGUAGCUGGGGGAGGACUGCGUGAGACUUCUUGUAAACAAUCUGCUUUCUGGUAUCAAGGUAGAAAGGUACGAUCCUGAUGAAGAAUAAAACUCCAGUCCUAAAAAUAUUUGCUGUGUAGCUGCACUGAUUUCUUUUCCCAACACUCCAGUGUUUGACACACAGAAAAGAGAUGUGUUGGAUCAAAAUCUUGGGAUCUUGCUUUGACUUUUGAAAGUUGGAACACAAAUACUGGGGUCCAACAAACUGUUUUGGGUACUCCCUGAUCAAAGGACUUGUGCAAGAUCGGAGGAAUUUUUACUCCCCGCCCCCUUUGAACAGUGGUCCUGUGAAAUACCACAAAUUGCUUUUCAGUUUCUUUUUAGCUUCAGUUGUGAAUUGGUGUUUGAAACAAAUUUAAAGUCCUUUUGAGCACGCAGAGCUAUUUGUGUGGUUCUUUGCCACAAAGUAUAGACUAGAAGCAGCUGGAAUGUGGUAGAACAGAGUUCCGGCACCUCUUAAGAAUGGUCACAUGGCUGGUGGCCCCGCCCCCUGAUCUCCAGACAGAGGGGAGUUUAGAUUGCCCCUGCGCUGCUGCGCAGAGGGCGAUCUACACUCUUCUCUGUCUGGAGAUCAGGGGGUGGGUCCACCGGCCAUGUGACCAUUUUUGUCGAGGGCAAUUUAAACUUUAAAAAAACUCCCCCCUUGUUCCAGCUGACCGAAAAUGAUGUCAUUGUGCGGUUCUGAGUUCCACCACCUCUUUUCCCAGAAAAAAAGCUCUGACUAGAAGUAUAAAUAUAGAUAUUAAUUCCCACUUAUUUGAUAUGUUAACCUUCUUCUGCAAAAUCAGGAUUUUACUUCUUAGGAAGCAAUAUCCAUCAUUGAGGCACGAGCCUAGCAUGGGUCUGAUUGAACAUCAGCUGUCAUUCCUUGUUACAUAAUUAGGAUUUCCAGUUCUGCUGCGGUAGUUAAUAAUAUUAACUGCUUUUCUCUCCUAACAAUUAGAAAUGGCCAUUAAUGUAAAUUUACUUUCACUUUGCAACCUGUAAAGUCAUCCAUAAUUGACUAGUGCAAUUUCAAGAGCUUAAUUCUGUAAGCAUUCUAGUUCUCUGCAAAUUCAGGUUCAGAGUUAUAUUUCCAUGCCAGAAAUUAAUUUCUUCUGCCAUAAGAGAAACGUUAAUAGCGGGUAUCUGUAACAUGCCCUAACUUGGAUAGCCCAGGCUAGCACAAUCCCAUCAGAUCUCAGAAGCUAAGCAAGGUCAGCCUUGGUUAGUAACUGGAUAGGAGACCACCAAGGAAAACCAGGGGUGCUAUGCAGUAGCAGGCAAUGGCAGACCAGCUCUGUUAGUCUCUUGCCUUGAAAACCUCAGCAGGGGUCUCCCUGCUAUGACUUUACAGGGCUUUCCACCACCACCUGUAGCUUGCAAGGAUCUGCUCCGAUUUCCUGAUCAGCAGGAUAUGAGUCCAGAGCCACCUUAAAGAUUUUCAAGGUAUAAGCUUUUGAAAGUCAGAGCUCCCUUCUUAAGACAUUUGAGAUCUGAAGAAAGGAGUGUUGACUCUCAAAAGCUCCUACCCUGAAAAUCUUGUUGGUCUCUCAGGUGCCAUGGAACUCAAAACACCUACCCUCCCAAAUCUAUCUGUUUCCUGAAUGCUGUUCUGUACAGCAGUGGAUGAAAAUCUACACAGUUCCAAAGGUGACACUUGAAGUGAAUUCGCCAUUGCUUAGAAGUCAGUGGAGUGGGAACUAUUUGUACGUGUCUGCUCGUGAGAAGUGCCCACUGUCUGCAGUUUGCAGACAGUCUUCGCGAUCUUCACUGUACCAGUUUUAAACUCUUCUCACUUUAGACACAAAAGUGCAAGUGGCCUAAAUCUUUUAACGGAAGAUCUAUUCCUCAGGCCCUCCCAGUGCAAUCUUUUGCAUAGGAUUACACACUAAGGCUCCUAAGCAUAUUUGGAAAUCAGACGCUUCAGAUGAAUCUGACAAAGUGAGCUCUGACUCACAAAAACUUAACACUGGAAAAAAAUCUAAGGUGCAACUAUACUCCGCUUUUCUUUGAAUGCCCUAUAACUUGGUUCUGAGUAGAUAAGGGAUGUUGAAAUCCUAAACAUACACACGUGGAAGUCAAUUUCACUAAAAAUCAGUGGGACUUCCAAGGAAACCCACUUAGGAUUGGGUUUAAGGGCUACGUUAGUAUUACCCGCAUUAAGAAAUAACACAGAUUUAUUUCCAACAAGAAAAAGGCUGAAGCUCUUGUACUGUGGCUUGGAUAUCCCUUCCCAGUUUCUUAUCUAUUCAACAUGCUUAUGGCACAAACUGUUCUGCAUAUCUGCCCUCACCUGUACUUCCAGGAAUGCACCAUAAUAUUGAACUUUUGCUGUUUGUUCUGCUUACAUAAUUAAUUAGUAAACCACCUGAGAAACACCCUCCCAAAUUAAAGCCCAGGUGAGUGUGGUCACAGUUAUUCCUAGAAGAGUGCUUUUGCAUCACAAUACCCCUUACUGCCCUUGUCUUCCCCACUCCAGGCAGAAGUUUUUAACACCUUUUGGCUUGCAAGCCCUUGGGUUGCGCCCCCCUCAAGUUCUUUAUGUACUUAUUACCCACUCUGAGCCUUUCGCAUGGGCUCAAAAAUGUAUGUUUUGAUGGCCUACUUUAACUCCUUGUCUCCCAAAAUAUCCAUAAACAGGAACGACUGUUCACAGGUCAAGGAAGGAAAAUAAAGUAACUUACAGGUGAAUAUUUAAUAGAAAAUAUAUUUUAGGAAAUACUGAAGACAAUCAUAAUAUAGACAUGAGUAGAGAGAAUAAUGUACAUGGGGGGGGGGGCGUCAGUGUAAACAGAUAUAUGGUUUAGCUGGAGUGGAUGGUGUUACUGACAUGUUUAGCAGAAUAUUUGAAUCCAAAGAGAGUGAUCCAGCUAAACUGGAGCAUUUUUUUGCCCUAUUGAAUUCAGUGGAAGAGAAUUAUUGUGUGUGUUCCACUUUAGCUAGAACAGGACUUAAACGCUGGAUCACAAUGAUCGAAUAUAAACUUUUAUUUAGCAACUUUUUAGGAGCACAGAUGAAAUGUAAAAAAUAUCUAACUAGUUCAAUGCUUUAAGCCGUUGACAAGGAAAUAAGAGGAAAGUUAGCAUGAUAAGAAAAAACAGGAUUUUUGUUCAUUUUUAUGUUUUCUCACUUUGCAUCAGGCUAGGCACAUACUCAGCUGUAUCUUUGGGAGGGGGGGAAUUAAUUAGAAGUACAUCUCUAUAGGUACAAUCAGUCCAAGAUAACCAGAAACUGGAAUUUUACAAAAGUCUUAAAUCAUUUUAAGUAUUUGCAGCACUUUACCUAGCAUGAUUACUGUUUUAUAAACAUGGAAUUAUUAAUAUUAUAAAAAUGGUUUGAACCAUUUAAUGUCUUUUUCUUUUGUCAUAACUGUAUACAUGUUAAGAGUAAAUUCGUUGUCACAAUUAUUUUGAUUUUUCUAAUCCAUAUGAACCACUGUAAAAGUGUGGAGGGGUCAUAUGAAAUAAAACAUUUACCCAUCUUAA